AUGAAUAAACUAAACCAGGACAUCCAGGAAGGGGAUUUGGGAAUUCUGUUCGGUCUCCAUUGUGAAUUUGUCCUGGUCCGUAGGAACGAAGACGGCACCCUAAGCCACAACGUCUACCGCAAACCAACGCAGACGGACCGAUACCUCCACGCAAACUCCCACCAUCACCCCGCCCAAAAGAAUUCAGUAAUCAGCUCUCUAGUCCACAGAGCACUCUCCAUCUCGGAACCAGCCGCCCUGAACGGAGAGCUAAACCAUCUUCACCGAACCCUGACCAGGAACGGAUACAGCAGCAGAAACAUCAACCGUACCAUCAAUAAGCUGACCAACAAGGAAUCCGGCCAGAACAACACCACGACACCAGAGACAGAGAAAGAGAAGAUUAAGGCAGUAGUACUCCCAUACGUCAGAGGCACCACGGACCGCAUCAGCAGAAUCCUGAACAAACACAACAUCAAAGCGAUUUUCAAACCCUGCAACAAGCUCUCACAAAUGCUCCCCAAUCCCAAGGACGGAGACCCCCUUUGA